AAUACGAAAGCGGCGGGAACAUGUUUAUAAGUGCUUGCUAAUAAAACGGAAUUUCAACGGCCACGCCUCCAUUUUUUCCAACUAAAAUUUGAAGCCCAUUCCGAAAUCGUCUUCCUAUUGAUUUUGAUUAAUUUCUCGUACGACUUUGAUCAAGUUUGUCGUUACAGUAAUCCGACAAGAAACCCCAUCUUGAGAUUUCCGUUCUUGUUUCUUUUCCUCAGUUUCCUGGCGGUUUUGGCGACGUAAUUACACCAUUCGUCGAUCAAAAACCGCCCUCCAGGUGUUUGAUGAAUUGCCCCAAUGAGAAAUUGACUCCCAAACUCGGAUUUUCGUUUUUUCUUUGAGUUUAUAACGAGGAACUCGAUUCCACUGGGUAGUUUUUGGAUGCUUGAUUCUGAAAUUACACGGGAAGUUUGAAGGGAAGGCAGUCGCGUAGUUGGAACGGAUAUUAAUCUUCGUUCGGGGAACGGUUGCGUGCAUUGGUGGAAGCUUCCUCUCUGAGCCGGAAUGGAACAAUUCCGGCGCAUUGGAGAGGUAUUCGGAAGCUUAAAGGCUAUAAUGGUGUUGCAAGAUGAUAUUCAAUUCAACCAGAAUCAAUGUUAUUUACUGUAUGACAUGUUUAGUUUGGCUUUUGAUACCAUUGCUGAAGAGAUCAGGGAUAAUCUGAAGCUUGAAGAGAAGAACACAAAGUGGAAAGCUCUCGAACAGCCAUUGAAGGAACUUCAUAAGGUCUUCAAAGAAGGGGAGCUUUACAUUAAGCAAUGCAUAGAUUCCAAAGACUGGUGGGCUAAAGUAAUCACCUCCCAUCAAAACAAAGAGUGCAUUGAAUUCCACAUCCACAACUUGCUUUCCUGCUUUCCUGCUGUCAUUGAAGCGAUCGAGAUGGCUGGAGAGAUAUCCGGGCUCGAUCAGGACGAGAUGGAGAAGAAAAGGCUUGUACUUACCAGGAAAUAUGAUAUGGAAUGGAAUGACCUCAAACUGUUCCAUUGGAGAUUUGGGAAACAAUAUUUGGUACCUCCAGGAAUCUGUAACCGGAUGCCGAGUGUUUCGAGAGAAGAUCGAUGGCUGUUGGUCGAAGUGCUCAAGGAGAAGAUCAGCUCACCAGAAACAGCUUGUUCGAAAAACGAGCAGCGCCUCGGUGAGUUGUUGAUAAAGAAACUAAACAACUCAGAAUCAUUGAAUGCAAAGCUUUUCCCUAGCUCAGUUUUGUUUGGAACAAAGGAUUAUCAGGUGAGGAGACGGCUAGAAGGAGGGCAGUAUAAAGAAGUCCAAUGGUUUGGGGAGAACUUUUGUCUGAGACAGUUCAUGGCGGAAGGUAAACAAAUAGAUUCAGAGGUUCAAACUGUUCUAUCACUUUCACAUCCUAAUAUAAUUCAAUAUCUCUGUGGGUUUCUGGAUGAGAAGAAGAAAGAGUACUUUCUUAUAAUGGAAUUGAUAUCUAAGGAUCUUUCUUCCUGCAUGAAGGAUAAUAAUGGAGCCAGGAGGAGAAUCCUGUUCCCUCUCCCUGUUGUGGUUGAUAUCAUGCUUCAAAUUGCUAGAGCCAUGGAAUACCUUCACUCCCAAAUGAUCUACCAUGGAGAUUUGAACCCUACCAAUGUGUUUUUGAAGCCAAGAAACUCCUCAGAAGGCUAUUACCUUGUAAAAGUCACUGGUUUCGGUUUACCAUCCGUCAAGAAUCCGCCUCCCAGGAGCUCAACAGAUCAAAUGGAAACCAACCCUUUUAUCUGGCAUGCCCCAGAAGUUAUGGCAGAGCAAGAACAAGGUCCAGUAAGGAAGACAGAGAAAGCAGAUGUUUAUAGUUUUGGUAUGCUUUGUUUUGAGCUUUUGACUGGGAAAGUUCCAUUUGAAGAUGGUUAUUUACAAGGGGAGAAGAUGAGCCGUAAUAUCAGAGCAGGAGAGAGACCUCUCUUCCCAUUUCCAGGUCCUAAAUAUUUGGUGAGUCUUACCAAAAGAUGUUGGCAUUGUGACCCUUCUCAGAGGUUGUCUUUCUCUUCGAUAUGUCGAAUUCUUCGCCAAGUGAAGAAGUUUCUGGCUAUGAACCCGGAAAGCGAUCGGCCCGAACUGCAAACGCCUACUGCCAAUUACUGCAACGUCGAAGCAGGAGUUGCAAGGAAGUUGUCCUCUGAUGGGGUUGGAGAUUUGUGUUCAGUUUCACAAAUUCCAUUCCAAAUGUUUGCUUAUAAUCUUGCAGAGAAGGAGAAGACUUGGGAGUCUGGAAGUGAUGUAGAUGAACCAGUUUGUGUAACAGAAGAUCCAUUCACCAUGCUUACAAGUGGUACCAGAUCACUUUAUUCUGAUACGAGAUCUAUCUAUUCUGAAGCUCCACCAAAGAAAAUGCUAACUACAAAGAAACUUCCACACACAAAGAUCAGAAAAGGCACAAGAACUCCAGAAACAAAAACACGAACGACUUCGAAACCUCAAGUAUCGAAGACGAAUAGAAAUAUCCCGCUACCAUUUUUGAGCCCUCUGAGUAAGGGAAGAAGAAUGGUCAUGUCUUGAACUUGGAGAUUGGCUAGCUUAUCUUGCUUCUUCAGAGAAGGAAGCCUUUUUUUGUAGAGAUUUUCUUCUGCAUUGUUGUGAAAUUUCAGGGAUUGUUCAAGUCAUAUAGAGCACAGGUACUUCAUUUGUUUUCUUUUCUCUUACAGAAACAGUCUUGGCAUUAAGUUCAUGUUAGCUUCUUGUAAUCAAGCUCUGUAGUCUUUGGACUUCUUAGAAAGAAUAGCAGAUUCUGUUUUUUC